AUGCAAUCUAACGAUGCUUCUGGCCAUGAAAAGGAAAGAGAUGAAGUUCAGGCAACGGAAGGUGACCAGUUGAUAAGCGAUAUCUCGAGUUCCUGUGAAUUUGGCAGUGAUGCUGAAGGCGAAAGUUUUAUUCGCGCUCAGUGGUUUGAUGAAGUAGUCAAGGCAGAUACCGAUAAUAUUAGAAGGUUACUGCAACUUGGUGCCGACAUUGGCUGGGAGGAUUUUGAAAAGAGGACUGCACUUUACCUGACUGUAAGAAGUGGACACAAAGAAGUAGUAGACCUGCUAAUCGAGCAUGGUGCGGCUGUUGACGCAAGAGACGAGGAUUCAGAUACCCCACUUCACUUGGCUGCAAUGGAGGGACACAAAGAUGUAGUAGACAUGCUAAUCAAUCAUGGUGCAACU